UGGAUUCGUAGAUUUUUGACAGAGCCUACCAAGACAAGCUAAUCCAGGUUCAUUUCUGUACUCCACAGCAAAAACCAAAAAAAAAAACUCUGCAACCAAAGGCUUAAUCUUAAUCAGCCCAGGCUUAUCUUUAUCCGCCUCUCUGGAAUCUCGAAUUCUCUGCUAUAUUUUGAGAGAGAGAGAGAGGGGAGAUUGGGAGAUUGGGUGAGGGAGACAGUGGGUGAGUUAUCAAAAUGAAUCACGGUGAUGCGUUUAGCGCAAAGGAGGCGGAGUACAUAGCCAGGCACCACAGACACCAGCCCAGAGAGAACCAGUGCACCUCAGCGCUCGUUAAGCACAUCAAAGCGCCUGCUCACCUUGUGUGGUCGUUGGUGAGGAGAUUUGAUCAACCCCAGAAGUACAAGCCCUUUGUUAGCAGGUGCGUCGUGAAGGGGGACUUUGGCAUUGGUAGUGUUAGAGAAGUGAAUGUUAAAUCUGGGCUUCCCGCCACGACAAGCACUGAGAGGUUGGAACUUCUUGAUGACAAUGUGCACAUUCUCGGCGUCAAGUUUGUUGGUGGCGAUCACAGGCUGAGGAACUACUCUUCCAUCAUUACAGUACAUCCAGAGGAUUUUGAUGGAAGGCCAGGGACGCUAGUGAUCGAGUCCUUUGUGGUGGAUGUGCCUGAUGGAAACACUAACGAUGAGACUUGUUACUUUGUCGAAGCGUUGAUCAGGUGCAACCUUAAGUCAUUAGCCGAUGUCUCAGAGAGGAUGGCUGUGCAGGACCGAACUGAACCCAUCGAUCUUUAGUGGAUGUGGAGAUGGAACACAUGUUGUGACGGCUAUACGAUCCGAGGCAUUUUGAUCGUGGUGCUGUCUAGAGAGUGGCAGGAGCUGUCCUUCCAUGUUCUCAGAAGUUUUGGAUUCAUUGCUGGCUGUUGUUUUUCCAUCUCAUGGGGAUCAUUCCACUCUCUUUCCUUCUGCAUUUUCCUGUUUGUUUGUUGGGGUUUCUCUUCUUUCAAUGUCCGAAGGACGAGUUUCCUAAACUUUUUUUUUUUUUUUUAAAGUUCCCCAUGAAUGGAUGUCGGAAAGCUCCUUUCUGCUGUCAUAUUUCUUGGGUUUUGUGCAUGGUGGUACUUAAUAUUACUCUGGUUAACUUAUUUGUAAAUAGUCAUGUUGGAAAGGGGUGACCAUGGACCUGGGGUUUUCUUCUUGUAGUUGCAGUUUCUAGGUGCGGGGAAGAGGAUUGAGGAGACGACCUUUGGCUAGCGCUUUGUUGUUUGUUUUGUAUAUGCUGUGUAUUUUUAAUAAUUAUCGCAAAUCUCUUUUGAUGUUA